AAUUUCCAUUUUGAAGCAACAACGUACUUCCUCCUGGUUGUCAUCUGAUACACGAAACGACCAUAACCUACAAACAAAGUAAACUUGUCAAAGUCUAUCGAUCAACAAUAAAAUGGUCGACGGACAUCAGCCGUUCAGCUUGAACUCGGGUGACAGUCAAUUCAAAGAGCGCCAGAAAAAUGUCUUCACACAGCUGGACUUCCUGGAGACCAGCCGAACGACGAGAGGUACGCAAACUCCGUCGGAAGACAUGGAAGUCGAUCAGAAACCCGCGGACAAAAAACUGUAUCGCAGGGCCACCAAACAGUUCAGGGGCAAGGAGAGCAUAUUCAAGAAGCCACAGAAUCCCGCCCCCAAGAAUUACAUAAACAAGAUACCCGAUUUCAAAAAGAACCCGCACAAAUGGACCAAAUACUCCUUGGAUGAUGUCAGAGAUGAAGACAUCAGUGACAGAAGCAAUACGAGGGCGGCCCUGUCGUUUCUGAACGACUUAAAAUCUAGGAGGUCGAUUGAGAACGCUGACAAUGAACAGGCAGAGUCUGAUCGACCAGCAAAGGUUUUGUUCAACAGUAGCAGGCUUGAAAAACCUGAAAAGCAACCAGACGAAGAGAAACCUUCAUUCAGAAGUUCCAAAUUGGUUAUGCCUGAAUAUGUGGUGGGGCAAAAAAUGAAGAAAGACAAAAAAAAUGCCAGCAUUAAAAAGACCAAGAUAAAGGAAUUAAAGCUGGACCAUUUAAUGGAUGAUGAUGAUGAUCAGGAAUCAAUUUGAUUGAUAGAUGAUUCCUCAUUGUAUGAUUUAAGUUAAAUUAGAAAUGUUUUAUAUAGAUGACUGCAUUAAUAAAUUUUUGUAUAGUUACAAAUAUUUAUUUAUUUUUUAAUUAUAUAAAAGUGGACCAUCUGCGUUUUAUAUUGAAGGUGGUCCAAUUAAGAUUGAAGAAAAUUUUAUUAUAAAAAAUACUAAUAAGUCUCAAUAAAUGAAAUUUUGUAAUUGUUCUGUAACUUUCAAUAAAAUGUGAAUAUAACAAA